AUGAACAGCUUACGAACGCAAGCGCGGGCGCGAUUUCUGUCAGAACAGAAGUUCAAGUAUGGUGCCGAAUUACACGAUGCUAAAAUAUCGCUGUUAACCGUGGCGCAAUAUACGAAAGUCGAGACAACUGUCAAACUAACAGAUAUUCAUUGGUCCCAGACUUCUGAGAUCUGUGACCAGAUCAAUACCACUAUCCCCAAGAACGGCGACGCGACAGCAACAGCAUCAAUGCGGCUGAUAAGCUUUGAGCGUGAUUUUGACGGAGUCCUUUAUAUCGACCAGCGAACUUUCCUGGACAUCUUUGACGACUUCGGGUAUGAUCCGUACUGGCUUAGCAUGAUACUGUCUUCGACGUACGGGUUCUUCUCUCGUAUGAAGGAAGGUGGCACGCAGUAUACUUGCUACCUACAUACCGUGUCGUAUACGAUGCUAUGGACUUACGACUCUCAUGAGAUGACAACCAAAGCCGUGCUCAUUCCCCGAGAACGUUCCCAAUAUCCUCAGCGGAUCUUUAAGAGUGUGAUAGACACCAUCAUCUACCACAAGGAUCUUGUGAGCGACGCGCGGUUCUGUCCUCUCGUGUGUGCCAUACAGAUGGUCCGUUGGAUCGAAGGCACUGCUUUCGAAAACUUGGCCCGCAUUCGAUCCAUAGAGAUUACCACUGGCCAUGGCGCAUGGCAUGGUGUGCAGCACGACUCUCCUCCAAGUACGGAUGAGCUAAUGAAGGACUCUAAGCGGCUAGGGUUCGUACUUACAGAUCUCGCAAAUAUCUCCCGGCACGCUUGCAUUGUGAGAGCAGUCCUCGACGACCUUGCAUCAGCCCAGCCAUUGUCAUCUCGGCAAUCGGCGCUUGCGCAAUCCUCGAACACCACCAGUGACCCAAGCCCCUUCGAUGACAUUGUCGAUGCUGCAUCAAUGUUGGGAGGCCAGACGAAAUCGGGCGAACUGCAGGCGGGCUACCUCCAAGAGCGAGGCCGCACACAACAGGCUGUAAUCUUCAAUCUACUCACACGCGAAGAUGCGAAGGUUAGCAAGGAGAUUGCACUAGCAGCACGAAAAGAUAGUUACUCGAUGAAGACUAUCGCGAUCAUGACCAUGAUCUUCCUGCCUCCUACCUUCUUCGCUACUCUUUUCGCUAUGCCUUUACUCAAGUGGGACGGACCAAAGGUCAUACAUCCAAGCUUUGGCAUCUAUUGGGCUGCCUCCCUACCAACCACUGCGGCAGUACUUCUGGUCUGGCAUUGGAUGUCUUCCGAGGAGACCAUCUUCGCUAAGGGACAAAACACCAAGAUGCCUCUCAUUGCGCAGAACCCCAAAGACCGAGUCAUCCUCGGAUUGAUGACAUUCGGUCCCGACGAGACCAGCGGCGCGCGCAUCACAGAGUUUGAUGAAUUCACCAAGCAUCUCGACUACUUCCAAUCCCAGGGCUACGAUGAGAUCGACACGGCGCGCAUGUACGUUGGUGGCAAGCAAGAGGCAUGGACGCGCCAGGCGGGGUGGAAGGACCGCGGCUUUACUCUCGCCACCAAGGUGUAUCCUUAUGAGGCUGGCGUUCACAAGCCUGAUAGGCUGAAGGAGCAUUUCGAGACUAGUCUCAAAGAGCUGGGAGCAGACUGUGUCGACAUCUUCUACCUGCACGCGCCGGACCAUUCCGUGCCAUUCGAGGAGACACUCGGUGCUGUGAAUGAGCUGCACAAGCAGGGCAAGUUUGUCAAUUUGGGUCUUUCCAAUUUCGCUGCGUGGGAAGUUGCGGAGGUGUACAAUAUCUGCAAGGAGCGAGGCUGGGUGAAGCCGACCAUCUACCAGGCCAUGUACAACGCAAUUACUCGCGCCAUCGAACCCGAGCUCAUCCCAGCAUGCCGCAAAUACGGCAUCGACAUCGUCAUCUACAACCCCCUAGCCGGCGGUCUCUUCUCCGGCAAGAUCAAAUCCAAAGACAUCAAGCCCGACGAAGGCCGUUUCGGCACCAAAGCAGACCGCGUCGGCAGCAUGUACCGCGACCGCUACUUCAAAGACGCCACGUUCCAGGCUCUGAAGAUUGCUGAAGACGCUGCGCAGAAGCACGACCUGACGCUGCUCGAGAUAGCGCUGCGCUGGUGUGUCCACCACUCUGAACUGAAGACACGAGUCAAGGGCGGAAAUGAUGGUGUAAUCAUUGGUGUGAGCAGCUUGAAGCAGUUGGAAGGUAAUCUUGCGGAUUUGGAGAAGGGCCCGCUGCCUGAUGAUGUGGUGAAGGCGUUGGAUGAGGCUUGGAUGGCUGCUAAGGCUACGGCACCGACUUACUUCCGUUGA